AUGACGUUUGGAAAGUUUGUGGGACCUGGAUUCAUGGUUUCUGUUGCAUACAUCGACCCCGGAAACUACUCUACCGACAUUGCGGCGGGCUCUUCGUACCGCUUCAAGCUCCUCUUCAUCGUCCUGCUCAGCAACCUCUUCGCCAUCCUCCUCCAGAGCCUCGCCAUCCAGCUGGGCACCGUCACGGGGCUCGAUCUGGCAUCGGCAUGUCGCGCCUAUCUGCCACGAUGGCUCAACUACUUUCUCUAUGCGCUGGCUGAAGUUGCCAUCAUUGCCACUGAUAUCGCCGAGGUUAUUGGCACGGCCAUUGCGCUCAACCUCCUCAUCCCCAAGCUGCCCCUUGUCGCCGGCUGCGCUCUAUCUAUCCUCGACGUCAUGGCCAUCCUCAUUUUCUACCGCCCAGACGGCUCCAUGAAAGGUCUCCGCAUCUUUGAGUUCUUCGUCCUCCUUUUGGUUCUGGGCGUCGUCAUCUGCUUCUGCAUCCAGCUCUCGCUCAUCAAGCACACCAGCGUCGGCGAGGUCUUCAAGGGCUACCUCCCCUCCUCGGCCAUUGUCCAGUCCGACGGCCUCUACCAAGCCUGUGGUAUCCUCGGCGCCACCGUCAUGCCUCACAGCCUGUACCUGGGAUCCGGCAUCGUCAAGCCGCGCCUCAAGGACUACGAUGAGAAGCACGGUCUCAUGCCCCAGGAACCCGUGUCGGCGGCUUCGUCGACCAUGGACGGAAGCUACGAUAAGGUCUUCUACAUUCCCUCUCUAGCGGCCAUCAAGCACUGCCUCAAGUACUCCAUCACCGAGCUGGCGCUGUCACUCUUUACCUUUGCCCUGUUCGUCAACUCGGCCAUUCUCAUCGUCGCCGGCGCUUCUCUCUACGGUAACCCAGACGCCCUUACCGCAGACAUCUUUGGCAUUCACCAGCUGCUUUCUAGCAGCAUCUCGUCUGGCGCGGGAACCAUCUUUGCCCUGGCCCUCCUCCUCUCGGGUGUCUCUGCCGGUAUUGUAUGCACCAUUGCCGGUCAGAUGGUCAGCGAGGGCGCUCUCCGGUGGAGAAUGAAGCCCUGGCUGCGACGCCUCAUCACGCGAUCCAUCAGCAUAACGCCUUCCAUCAUCAUCGCUGGUGCAGUCGGGCGAAAGGGUCUCGACUCAGCCCUCAACGCCUCUCAGGUCGUGCUCAGUACCGUACUGCCAUUUGUGACGUUCCCGCUCAUCUACUUCACUGCCCGGUCACGGUACAUGAUGGUGCAGCCUGGCCGAGCUCGGCUCCAGAUCGAGUCAAGGGAAGGGGAAGAUGGCCACCCGAUUGGCGGGCCGGCCACGGACAUGUCCAACGGCUGGGUGCUCAUCAUUCUCAGCGCCCUCGUCUGGCUGCUCAUUGCCGUGAUGAACGUCGCGAACCUGGUGCUGCUGGGGUUGGGCAAUUCAUGA